AUGGAGGUCGCAUUCGGGAAGAAGCAGAUGGGUACGGUACCUACUUUUAUUUUUUUUUUGUACUCCGUCCACGAUGACCACACCGGAGACAUCAAGAGCCAACAGGAGGAGCGUCACGGAGAUGACGUCAAGGGACAGUACACCCUGAUCGAUGCCGAUGGUUACCGUCGCGUUGUGGACUACACCGCCGAUGAGCACAACGGAUUCAACGCCGUCGUCCGCCGUGAACCGCUGACCCAGAAGGUCGUCAAGGCCGUCCUCCCGGUGGCCAAGGUUGUUGCCCCAGUCCAGCACUACGUUGCCGCCCCGGUGGUCCACAAGGUUGCUCUGCCAGUGGCCAAGGUUGCCUACCCCGCCAACCUGGCCACCGUGAGCUUCUCCACCCCGAGCCUGAACUACCACUACUAA